AUGAAGAUAGUUUCAUGUAUUCAAGUUUUCGCUGGUCUUAUGCUGUUCGGCCCUUGUCAAGCCGCCCGACAAGAUCGCAGUAAUGACUUCUUUGAUCCUCCUGCUGUCCAACGACCCAGGUUCAGAUAUUGGCUUCCCGAUGGCACCGUUGAUCCCGAAAAGGUCAAGUCAGACAUCCAGUCUGCUGGCAACAUCGGGGCGGGAGGAGUCGAGUUCUUGCCCUUCUACAACUAUGGCGGCCAGCUAGGACCGCCGCCUGUGGGGGUUAACUGGUCGACGUCUGGUUUCGGAACCCCAGACUUCAUCAAGACUCUCAUCACAGGCCUCGAGGCCCACAAAGAAUCUGGUCUGUCGAUGGACUUUGCGGUUGGUCCGAACCAGGGUCAGGGCGUACCUGCUGAUCCUAGCAAUGAAGGUCUUCAAUGGGAUCUGUUCGCCGAGACACAGGCCGUUACCGCCGAUGGGCACUUCAACGGCACCAUACCGGGAUGGGGAACCGGGCAGCUCGUCUCCGCUGUGUCAGCAAUUGUCACAUCCAGAACAAACGUAACAGUCAACACAACGUCAAUCAUCGGGACGGCAGAAAUUUGGUGGGAGGAAUUGGUCUUGCGGAAUGGCUCCUUGAGAGACAUCACUUCCAUGAUCUCACCUACUGGCGAACUUUCAAUCGAUCUCCCCAACAGCUCAUCCAACGCGUCUGACUACGAACUAUUUUUCUUCUACCAGAAUUUGUCUGGACACAAGAACCUAGUCUUUGCAUCUAACAGAACCGAGGCAAUCUGGGACAACGGGUCCUACGUUGUCGACCACUUCAGUAGCAAAGGCGCCGAGGUUGUCCGUGGCUUUUGGGAGCAGUACAUUUUCGUCGACAACGUCAAAGAGCUUCUCACGGAGAUUGGAAACUACGGCUGGGAGGACAGUAUGGAAAUUCUCUCUGACACAUCGUGGACACGGACCCUUCCCGAGAGAUUUGAGAAACUCUUUGGCUACGACUUGCGCCCCUACCUCCCUCUCAUCAUAUUCAACAACAACAAUAUCAACCUCCAGAAUGAUGCUCCCGGCCAUACACGAUGUAUUCUAGAUAUUUAUGACAAAGGCCAGGGCUACGUCAACGACUACCGUGCUGCGCUCGCCGAUGGCUACCAGGAGUACGUGACCACUCUUGCGAAUUGGACACACUCUCUUGGUCUAGGCCUAUCUUCGCAGGUUUCAUACAACCUACCUAUGGAUAUGGAGGCAUCCAUCCCAUUUGUCGACGCUCCUGAGUGCGAAAGCUUGCAAUUCCACGAUAACCUCGAUGGGUACAGGCAGUUCUCGGGACCAGCCAGUCUGGCAAGGAAGACCGUUAUUUCCAACGAGCUUGGUGCGGUGUUUGGUAGUGCAUACCGCUUCACCAUCCCAGAUCUGCUUUUCGCCAUGAACCGCGCUGUAGCGGGAGGGGUCAACCAGUUCGUCAUUCAUGGGCAAUCAUAUUCGGGAAACUACCCUCAAACAACUUGGCCUGGAUACACGGCAUUCAGAUACUACGUUUCCGAUUUAUACUCUCCCAAACGUCCCGACUGGGACCAUGGCCUUCAAGCUGGGCUGGACCACAUGGGCAGGGUUCAGCACAUCCAGCAAACAGGCGUCCCAAGAACCGACGUUGCGUUUUACAACAAACAGACAGCAACAGAUCCUAAUAUGGGUACACUUUAUACAUUUGAUGAUCUUAUCUUGAAAGGGUGGUCCUACAACUAUUUGUCUCCUGAUAACUUUGCCCUCCCACAAGCAUACGUAGGGGAUAACUUGCUCGCGCCCCAGGAUGCAAGAUACCAAGCGCUUGUAGUGCUUGAAUCACAGAAUCUUACCUCAUCGGGUCUCCUCAAGCUCACUGAGUUUGCGGAAGCUGGGCUGCCCAUUAUAAUUGCUGGCGGCUCCCCCUGCGAGUAUCCGACCGAGAAUAAAGCAUCCGAUGUCAGCUUUUCUUUCGACACCAGCUUGCAGAAGCUUCUUAAUAUCAGCUCUGUCUACCAGGUUGCAGAGGGCCAAAUCGCUGAGAAGCUGGAAGGACUCGGUCUCAAACCAAGAGUUGGCGUCAAGACGAACGGAACAUGGCAUACCACCUGGCGCCAGGACUCCUCCGGUAACAUCAGCUAUGCAUAUGUCUUCAGCGACGCUGAGUACUCAAAUGGAGAGCUCAUUGUGCAAACUCGAGGAAUUCCUUACUUCUUUGAUGCCUGGACGGGAGCUAGAGAGCCGGUGUUGUACUACAUGACGGAAGGCUCGACGACGACUAUCCCUCUCACUCUAGCAGGAAACCAGACCAAGAUCAUCGGCUUCGCUGAUUCUUGCCUUGAAGACGUUGUGACACCUGAGCUUCACUUUACGAAGCUCUCUGACAAUGUUCUGGGCUAUCGCGCAGAUGACCAGGGGAUCGUCGUCCAUGCUGCUGCGUCCGCAGAUCCCACAACUCUUACGUUAUCAACGGGCGACAACUUCUGCUAUUCAACAAAUGCGGCGUCGUCAUUCGAACUUACUUCUUGGGACCUGGUCCUGGAGCAUUGGGAAGCCCCCGAAGACAUGUACGAUGCAGCAGUGGCAGCAGUUAAGCGGAACACCACGCACCAUCUCGACGGUCUCGUAUCUUGGACGGAGAUUCCAGCAGCCACCAACACGUCUGGUGUUGGCUAUUACUUCGCCAACUUCACCUGGCCACCCAACCUAUCCGCUGAAGCGAAUGCAUCGGUCGGUGCCUACAUUCAGUUCUCUCCGGCUCUGAAUUCGAUCACUUUGGAAGUCAAUGGUGUCCGCGUGCAUCCUCUCGACCCGACUAAUCCUGUCGCCGAUAUCUCGACUUAUCUUGUUGAAGGAGACAAUCGUGUUCUUGCGAUAGUUCCUAGCACGAUGUGGAACUAUCUCCGUAGCAUUCUAGGGGACAUCAAAAAUUUGGGCGCGACGCCUUUUGGGCCUGGAGAAACCCUUUCUGUUGAUAUGAUUCCCAAAACAGAGAAUGGGCUGGUGGGUGUUGUGAACAUCAUUCCCUACGAAGCUCUGCGGGUGGGUGCGUCGGAUGGCCAGCAAGAAUGUUUGGCACCCUAA